AUGAAAAAGUUACAUGAUGCCAAGAUGCUUCAGACUCUGUACCAGUCCCUAACUAAAAGCAUCCCAGAGUCUCUUAAGGUAUUUGGCUCCAUUUUCCACAUCAAUCGUGGAAACCCCUUCAACCUAGAGGUACUAGUAGACUCUUGGCCAGACUAUCAGACUGUCAUCACUCGGCCUCAGAAACAGGAGAUGAUUGAUGACAAGGAUUACUACACAAACACUUACCACAUCUUCUCCAAGGACCUUCACAAAUUGCCAGAGAUCCUAGGAUCUGAUCACAUCAUCAACUGGAAACAAAGCCUCAUAAUCCAAGGUUGCCAAAAUGGUUUGAAUGAAAAGAUCAGAGAAGCUGUGGCUUUCAAGCCAGUACAGUUGGAUUACUCCAAAAGGUUUCUCUAUAUAAGAGAUGAUCUGAAAUAUACCUCCAAUGCAAGCAAGCUGAAGAGAUCGCAGGAAGUAAAUAGUUCAGAAAAUAUGAAGUUCAGAAGUACAAAUGGCAACUUCAGACCUUCCCUGUUGGAUGUUUCCCAUGCUAAACUUGUGAAUGACAACUGGAAAUCUGGGCAGAAUGAGAGGAGCUUGAGAUAUAUCAAGCGCUGCCUCCAAAGCUUCCCCGGAUACUGUCUGCUGGGUCCAGAAGGGAGUCCUGUCUCUUGGCUUAUUAUGGAACAAACUGGUGAAUUGAGAAUGGGCUACACCCUACCUGAAUAUCGAGGCAGUGGCAUGACAAAGCAGAUGAUAUUUGCUUAUUUGCAAUAUCUUCAGGAGAAUGGUAUACCAUAUUUUUGGGAGGUGGAAGAGAUGAAUGAGCCUUCCCACAAAGUUGCAAAAGCAUUUGGUUUCCAUGUUGAUUGUGGUUGGCAUGAAUGGAAAUGUGUGCCAGCUGAAAUGCUUUAA